CUUUCGAAGCCUUUUGGCCCGAAAAGUGUCUAAAACGUGAAGUGAUAACUCCAUUAAUCAAUCAAGAAAAAUGUUUCACAUCCUCAUAACACUUUGUUUAUGUUUGGGUUGGAGAGCUAGGCAAGAACGCUAGCAAGCAGAAGAUUGAGAUCCGCUAAGAAACGUGUGGGUUGCUCGCAAUCCAUCCGGGUUUGCAUUCGUAGAAUUUGAAGAUGCCUGGGAUGCAGAGGAUUCGGUACCCUAAACAGUUUAUCUACUACAGUGGCGAACCACCGCAUGGCAAACGAGGUCGUGGCAACUUCCAUCCGGACGACAGACGCUACGAGUGUGGAGGGCGAGGUCAUUUUAUCCGAGAUUAUACUAAAGGAAGCAAGAGAUCGCGGAGCCGCAGUUCACGUUCGCGCUCUCAUAAGCUCCGAAUUCGUUCCAAGAGUUACAAUCGAAGCCGUGAACAUGACCGCGACCGCCGUACCCAAUCCAACACACUAAGGAAGACAACUCGCGAAAGUUCGAUUACUCGUGAUUAUAUUAAAUCGCCACGACGUUCCAAGACCCACUCCUGGAGCCACCCCGUUCGACAACCAGAUCAAGCUUCAGAUCGCAUCGCCGUUGACCGGUUGCAUCGUUAUGUGCCUUGCAACACAACCUUCAGUUCAUACGAGCAAAUCACGGAUCACAAAUUAAAAUUACAUCAUUGCAAAGCGGUUUAAUCUAAAUAACCGUGUACGCAAAUUGCUGCCCAUAUAACAGAUAUAUUUCUCAAGAUGUAUGCAAUUUUGAGAAAAAAAAUAGCUUUCUGCUCAUUCAGAAACUGCACGGGGAUGUCGGAUCCGAGCAUUUCUAGUGUUCACUGCUUUUAACGAUGGAUU